UGGCGUCUUGGUCUUUGGUGGAGUUUUGCUUGGACACUUCUGAUCAUUUUUUAGCCACCUCCUCGUCUUCACCUCAUUCAUUAACGAAGAAAUAGUGUUGCUGUCCUUAAGGAGAAUUUUGAACUUUAACGAAGCGAGUUAGUGAUUUGGAGUUGAAAGCUGUUAAUGACGCCAAUACCAUAACAGAAUUGCAAAACAAGGUGAAGAAACUUCAUGAGGAAGUUUUUGAGCUUAAAAAGGGAAAGCAGCCACCUAAGUGACGACUCCGAAGACUCCUUCCCCAAACAAGACUCCGUCUCCAAAUAAAUAAGAAGAAAAUUUUUUGAUGGUGUUACUAACAAAAAAAUAAAACUUUGAUUCUUCUUUGGAGGAGUCUUCGGAGCCGUGCACUUAGGUGGCGGCUUUCCCUUCUUAAGCUCAGCAACCUCCUCCUCAAAUUUCUUCACCUUCUUUUGCAACUUUAUGAUUGUAUUGCUGUCCUUUCCCCUCAAGUUUUUUUGGGGGGAAAGUCUUUCAGGACGCCAACAACAUCAAGGAGAAUGCGAACAAAAUCAAACAACAGGCGGAGGAAAUCAAAGGGCUCAAAACGAAAGUGUCUACUCUUGAGGGCAAAGUCAAUGCAUUGGAGAAGCGCAGCAGUCCGAGUCCGCGAAAGAAAAGCACUUCACCAUCACCAAAGAAGUGAAUGGGAAAAUAUUUUUUUGAAAAUAAUAAAAUUUAGGUUGUUUUUUGAGUGA